AUGUGGGUGCUUGGGAAGAUCAGGGAGAGCAUGGAGAGCAUUCCUCUAGAGCUGAGUCGUUACAUGGGGAAGAGUGAGGAGGAUAUCUUUCUCUCUUCAAAGGCCAGUCUCUCUCUCAAUCUGCACAACAACAUCCUAACCCCAGACAAGAUCCCAGAGUUCUGCCUGCCACCACGGCUUUGCAAGAGAAGCCCUCUGCAGGCAUCAGAGACCACUGUACCUAACCUGCACGGUCAGAACAAGGUACCCAAGAGCAGCACUUCUUCAAACACUACACAUGUAAAGGCAAAGGAUGUGAAGAUAAAGAAUGGCGAUGCAUCAGUGUCUUGGAAAGCGACAAAGAAACCCUUGCCAUUCUCUGCAGAGGGGUAUGGCCUGGAUGGGAUUUAUGAGAGCCUCAACACUCGAAGGAAAGAGUCUUUGUUCCACUCUAAGUGCCCUGUCUACAUACUUGAUAGAAGUGCUCCUACUGAAGCACCUAGGCUGGCAAAGGAGACAAACCUACCCAAGAAAACUUCUGGGUUUCUCCCUUUGUUUUUAUGCAAGAGCCGAUCAGAGACAGGAAGUACAGAAAGUGAAACACCAUCGACUAGUGACUCCUCUCCCCUCAGGUCCCCUUAUAGUGCUAAAUUCUCCUCUUACAUCCCAUCAGGCUGUGGCCGUCUUAAAGGAGCAGCAUCCUGUCCUUCCUUAAUUGGCAGCGGGGAGAACAGAAGGAGGUGGAAGAGGGGGGGGUUAAGUUUAACAACCUCUCCCAGUUGCCCUCCAAGCUUAAAAGGAAGCUCACUCACCUUAGCACCACCUGUCCUCUUCCCAGUGGAUGUUCCGCAGUGCAAGGAGAGACCUUGGCGCGAGCAUGUCCUCCGUAUGCAGGGCCGUGGUAAAGUGCGCCUCUUCGCUGAGCACACCACAUUCUCCACCGACACAAUCUCACCCUUUUCCACAGUCAGAGUCCAUAUGGUGUCUGUGGAAGGCCUGUGGGAUGAAACUGACCAACGAACCCUGAACUGUGCAGUGAAUCUGUGUCUGACUCCGGGGAAGCUGCAGCGGCAGGAGAGCGCCACCAUCAGGAACUGCCACAGCCCUGUGUUUAACGAAGAUUUCUUCUUUACAGACCUCAGAAGAGAGGAUCUCAUGGAACUGCAGCUCAGGUUAAAAGUGGUGGAUAAACCUGCAUCUGGAACACUGAGGAGAGGGACCGUGAUCGGAGGGAUCACCAAACCACUGUGUCAGUUAGUCCCUCUUAAAAACAAGUAG